AUGGAGGGCCCCAGCGAAGCUUUGGACUACUCACUUGUUGCGUUUGUUGCGAUUCAGAUUAGGCUGUCUGGUGAAGUUGGCGUGUCUUACGACGAGGCCAUUGAGCUAUACAACCAUGCACUAUCCAAGGUCAUUCAAGCCCUGUCACAGAAAAAGCCUCUCAAUCUUGAACCUAAGCUUUGGCGAGAGCACAUUGGCCCCUGGGCUGCCCCUGAUUCCUUCGGUGCACUGCUCGACAUGACUAUUGACAUCCCGUCAGUCAUGGCUGAGGCUUAUACGUUUGCUUCAAGUGAUAAGGCAGAUGGUGAAGAAUUGUCAAGAUACAUCGAUCUUCUAACCGAGAAGUUCUAUCUUCUUCAGAAUUGGCGAGCUCUCGUACAUCGUAACAUCGCGGCACGCAACCAAACCCCGCUGUUCUGGUCUGUCCCCUCCAGAGCGAGUAAUCCAGCAGACGAAGGAUAUCCAGAUAAGCUAUUUCCAUUCGCCCUGAUGUUUUCAUCUGUGGAGGGUGCCAGUCCAUGGAUUCUAUGCUCCAGCAUCAUGUUAGAUAUCAUCGAGACAAUUCUGCUGCUGCGCGCAAAGGCUGCAAGCCCAGGUGUUUCUGUAUCCCCUGGCGAGUGCCCCGAUGAUGGCUCUAUACAUAAGGGCUCACCGACCCAGGCAGAUGCUGACUAUAUCGCGCGUAUGAUGUGCCAAAGUAUCGAGUAUUGCUAUCGGAGUGAGAAUGGCACAUUCGGUCCGCAGAUAACAUGCAAUGCUCAAACGACUAUGCUGGGAUAUUUUGCGGGUCGGGGCAUGAAGAGGGAGCUUGAGUGGUGCCGGGCGAUUAAAUACAUGAAGGGACCUGGGACGAGUUUUGGAAUUGAUCUGAUGCAGUUCAAGAAACCACCAGAGCUAUAG